UGUAUUUGUUUCUUCUAACCUCAUUAUUUCCGCUUCCGUCGCCUUAAAAAUUUUAGGUGGUACAUUUCGCUCGCUUCGCCACCAUUUGAACACUAUCUGUCUAACCCUCACGAAGCCAACGUUUAUACAACCAUUUUCUGGGCAUUUCUCCAGACUACGACCCGAAUCAAUCUGAGACAACAAUUAGUGUCGCGCGCGUUGUGGUUAGCGGAAGGAGAUCAUACAAACAGCAUACCGUUUUCAUGAUCGCAUCAAUCUGGACUUGAUCGCAAAAUUAUUUUAGGUGGACAGGGGAAGCUAAAUGAACGCUGGUCGGAUUUGAAGAAUUCUCUAGGAAAUGAAGUUCUCGAUGGGAGCGCCGCUGUUGGCGGCUAUCUCCUUUGCUUCGGUCAUCCUUCCCGCGACGGCCGAACGAAUAUUACAAUCAACCUCCCUUAACAUCUGCCAAGAAAACUCCGGAUUUACCGCCAGUUUAUUUAACGUUGUCUAUAACCCUAGUGAAGGUGUCGCCCAUGUCAACAUCUCCGCUAUCUCAACCAUUGAAGCGAAGGUUGUCUUCGAUAUCGAUAUCAGCGCCUAUGGAUACUCUUUUCUUCACAGGACUAUUGAUCCUUGUGAUGUCGGUCUAGCAGGUUUCUGCCCCAUGAUAUCUGGAAAGUUGGGAGAUCCUUUUGUGCUUCCGGUUGGCAAAGAUGCUACUGGCAAUAUCCCUUCCAUCGCCUACGACUUUCCCGAUCUCGACGCUAAAGUUAAGGUUUUUAUCAAUGCCACUGAUGGCGACCGAGCAGGCCAAAGCGUCGCUUGCGUCGAAGCCUUGAUCUCGAACGGACAAACUGUCAAUCUGAUAGGUGUAAAAUGGGCCUCUGCCGUUGUCGCUGGUUUGGCCCUUGCUUCUUCCGCAUUUUUAUCUGGUUUGGGACACACGAAUGCCGCUUCCCAUGUGGCUGCGAGCGCAUUGUCGCUGAUGAGCUACUUCCAAGCUCAGGCUAUGGUUGGCCUUGUCGGAAUCCCACUGCCCCCCGUCGUGCAGUCUUGGACUCAAGAUUUCCAGUGGAGCAUGGGUAUUAUUAGUGUCGGGUGGAUGCAACGCAUUUUCACCUGGUAUCAGCGAUCGACAGGGGGUGUUGCAUCCACGCUAAUCACACAGGUAGACUCUCUAGCGACGGUAUCCGUUCAGGUCCAAAAACGUGCCCUCGAUCUUUUUGAACGUGGAGCGUCAAUGCUUCCUCGUAGCGUGGUGGAACAUGGCUCGAAUCUUAUGAAGCGUGGGAAUGUCCAGACCAGCUUUGGUAGUUAUAUCGUGUAUGGCAUCCAACGUGUCGCCUUUCGAGCGGGAAUUGAGAGCACAAAUCUCUUCCUCACUGGAAUCGUCUUUUUCUACAUCAUCAUGGCUCUGACCACCUUUUUCGUGGUUGCCUUUAAGGGCGGUUGCGAAUUGGCUGCGAAACAAAAAUGGAUGAAGGGUGAUACCUUCCUAGAGUUCCGCAACGGUUGGCGUACUGUUCUAAAAGGCAUUCUCUUCCGAAUGGCCCUCGUCGGGCAUCCUCCGGUGACCAUCCUCUGCUUGUGGGAAUUCACCCAGAAUGACUCACCUGCGUUGAUGGUUAUGGCUGUAUUCUUCUUGCUUGCUCUUAACGCCGUCCUUGGCUGGGCAGCAUAUAAGGUCAUCCGUGUUGCGCGUCGAUCAGUUACACUGCAUAGAAACCCGGCCUAUAUCCUAUUCUCUGAUCCUCAAACCCUUAACAAAUGGGGUUUCCUCUACAUCCAAUUCCGUGCCUCUGCUUAUUACUUCAUCGUUCCGGUCCUUGGGUACACUAUCGUGAAAUCAUUUUUCAUCGCAUUUGGCCAGAACUCUGGCAUCGCUCAAGCCAUCGGAUUCAUUCUCAUCGAGGCCGCAGCUCUUAUUGCUGCCGCUGUUCUACGACCUUGGAUGGACAAGAAGACGAACUCUUUCAACAUCACCAUCUGCGCCGUCAAUUUCAUCAACGCCAUUUUCCUGUUAAUUUUCACCAAGGUUUUCGAUCAGCCACCUCUCGUCACUGGUGUUGUGGGUGUGGUGUUAUGGAUUCUGAAUGCGGCUUGCACACUGGUUCUCCUGCUUAUGUUGAUUGUCACCACAGGCCUAGUAAUCUUCAAUGGUAACCCUGACGGACGCUAUAAGUUUAUGGCCGAUGACCGGACCUCUUUCAUGAAGUCCCAGAGUCAGCUUGCCACUACCACCGAACUCGAUGCUUUGGCUAUAACUGCACGUGGCGAGAAGCCAGGAUAUUCAUCCGUUCUCGAUCUGGAGGACGACUCAUCCUCCCACAACCGUGGCUCUGUAUACCGAAGCGAAGGGUCUGCGAUUGAGUCGAUUAACAACUCACACCACGCCCCAUCUCACUACGCUCCACCCCGCUCGCCUGUCGACCCAAUCAACAGAACUGCCAGCCCAUAUAACGGCUCAGUAUCGUCGGUUGGACGAGCACAAAACAAUGCCAGCCCGGCAGGUUUCAAACCGCCCACUAGUCCAAGCCCUUGGCAACGUGGAGCCGGUUACGAGCACUGAAGACAUUAAUCAAUAAUGAAUAUGACGUUUGGGUAUGGUCUAGUUUUAGACGAGCAACCAGAUACCCCCAAAAAUCCCUUUGUGAGAUAGGUUCUUGUUUUUGUGCAUAUACCGACGCGCCGCUAGCUCAGGCCACG